GAUCGGGGUGCCCCGCUUCCUCGGCACCCGUGUCACCCCUCUGAGCUCCCCUGUCCUUUCCUCCUCCAGGUCCGCCUCGGGAACACAGCUGGCAGAAAGGGACAGACGGGUCGCUGGCAAGAUGAACGAGAACGGCGUGCACAGUCGCAUCCUGACUUUGGAGUCCAUGAACCCCUGGAUUAAGAAGGUGGAGUACGCCGUCAGGGGCCCCAUAGUCAUCCGAGCCGUGGAGCUGGAGAAAGAGCUGCAGCAGGGAGUGAAGAAGCCGUUCACAGAGGUGAUCAAAGCCAACAUCGGAGAUGCGCACGCCAUGGGCCAGAAGCCAAUCACAUUCCUCAGACAGGUCAAUGCCCUGUGUCUGUACCCAGAGCUGCUGAACGACAACAAGUUUCCGGAUGAUGCCAAGCAGAAGGCGAUGCGAAUCCUGCAGGCCUGCGGGGGCAACAGCAUGGGCUCCUACAGUGCCAGCCAAGGUAUUGAGGUCAUCCGGCAAGAUGUUGCCAAAUACAUUGAGAAGAGAGAUGGUGGAAUACGCUCCGACCCUGAUGACAUCUACCUCUCCACGGGGGCCAGUGACUCCAUUGUGACGAUGCUGAAGCUGCUGGUGGCCGGUCAGGGAAACUCUCGCACCGGGGUUAUGAUCCCUAUUCCUCAGUACCCGCUGUACUCUGCAGCCCUGGCAGAGCUGGGCGCCGUGCAAGUGAAUUAUUACCUGGACGAGGAGAAUUCCUGGGCUCUGGAUAUCAAAGAACUGCGGAGAUCCUUGGAGGAGGCACGGAAACACUGCAACCCCAAAGUGCUGUGCAUCAUCAACCCGGGAAAUCCUACAGGUCAGGUUCAGAGCCGGAAAUGCAUCGAGGACGUCGUUCGUUUUGCUGCCGAAGAGAAUCUUUUCUUGAUGGCCGAUGAGGUCUACCAGGAUAAUGUCUACGCCAAAGGCUGCGCCUUCCACUCCUUCAAGAAGGUUCUGUUUGAGCUGGGCCCAAAAUACUCUGAUGUGGUGGAGCUGGCUUCCUUCCAUUCUACAUCCAAAGGAUUCAUGGGAGAGUGCGGCUUUCGAGGGGGCUACAUGGAGGUGGUCAACAUGGAUCCAGCAGUGAAGCAGCAGCUGACCAAACUGGUGUCUGUCCGCCUGUGCCCUCCGGUGAGCGGACAGGCUCUGCUGGAUGUGGUGGUGAAUCCACCUCAACCUGGAGAUCCCUCCUACAAACAGUUCAUGGCGGAGAAACAAGCUGUCCUCAGUAAUCUGGCGGAGAAAGCUCAACUGACAGAAGAAAUCCUGAACCAGGCACCCGGGAUACGCUGUAACCCCGUCCAGGGCGCCAUGUACUCCUUUCCCAGGAUUGAAAUACCAGAGCGGGCCAUCAAACUGGCACAGGCAGAAGGCCAGGCACCAGACAUGUUCUUCUGUAUGAAGCUCCUGGAGGAAACUGGGAUCUGCGUUGUUCCGGGGAGUGGUUUUGGCCAGCGGGAAGGGACACACCACUUCAGGAUGACCAUCCUGCCUUCUAAUGAAAAGCUAAAGGUUCUCCUGGAGCGACUGAAGGACUUCCACCAAAAGUUUGUCCAGGAAUACUCCUAAACGUUGAAGUCACAAUGCUGGAACAAUCUUGGAUGAGGAGAGAUGAGUCCAAUGAACUGUAGCUGCUCUUAAUAGAUUCUGCACCUUUCUAAGUCGGCCAAGUUUGUUUUGUGUGUCAAAUUCUGCCCAACGAGUAAAACGCUCUCUGAUCCUUCCAGAACGCUGGGUGGUGAGAGCCGCUUGGCUUUGGCUCUCUGGAUGGACGGAUGUCUCUCUGGGGGUGGAGCACUUAGGCUGUAGAAUUUUCAUAAAGCCAAUAUAUUGUAUAUGAUGAUCAUUGAUAGUAUUAUGCCGAGGUCGGACUUCUGCCGCAUGUAGAUGGGACUUCACUAGGAAAUUCUCAGCCAUGGAGGAGCUAUGAGAGGUGAUUACUAUGUGCCUACAACAUUAAUCUCAAGGACUGAUGGC